CGCACUCGCUCCCCGGGGCCGCGCGUCCUGGCGCUCGCGGAAAGCUCGCGGUUGCUCCCAAGCGCGCGCAAGCGGUCCUCGAGCCGCUCGGUGUACCUGAGGGACGCGCGGGCGCCGGCGGCCGGCUCUGCAUCCACCGUCCCGAUCCUGGAACCCGGCGCCAAGGUCUAAGAUAAUCUAAUCAAAGGAAGAAAUAGCUCUUCUCCUAAGAUGGAAUCUGUAGUAUGGGAAUGUGGUUGAUCAACUUGAUGUGUUGGUCAGAUGUGCCCUAUGUAAUAAAAUGAAAGGAAGAGACAAGAUGAUGUCAUUUUCCCAUAUUGUGAAACCAACAACAAAUGCCUUUUGUGAGAUCAAGCUAACAAAUCUCUGACGGUGCAAGAGUGUUUAACUGUUGAAGAACUUUACAGCAAGAUAUUAGAAGUACUUUCAAGCUGAGACCUGCAGGUGCAUAAAGAUCUAAAAUUUGUGUUGAGUAGGCUGAUCAUCCAAAAUAUCACUCAGAUCCAGCAAAGAUGGCUUUUCGUUGGAUCGUCUUCUGUCUUUGGCCCUUGACCAUGUUUGUGGGACAUAUAAAUGGACACAGUUUGUUUUCUUGUGAACCUAUUACCUUGAGGAUGUGCCAAGAUUUGCCUUAUAAUACUACCUUCAUGCCUAAUCUUCUGAAUCAUUAUGACCAACAAACAGCAGCUUUAGCAAUGGAGCCAUUCCAUCCUAUGGUGAAUUUGGAUUGUUCUCGAGAUUUCCGGCCAUUUCUUUGUGCACUGUAUGCUCCUAUUUGCAUGGAAUAUGGUCGUGUCACACUUCCCUGCCGAAGGCUGUGUCAGCGAGCUUACAGUGAAUGUUCGAAGCUCAUGGAGAUGUUUGGUGUUCCUUGGCCUGAAGAUAUGGAAUGCAGUAGGUUUCCAGAUUGCGAUGAGCCGUAUCCUCGACUUGUGGACCUGAAUGUAGUUGGAGAUCCAACUGAAGGAGCCCCAGUGGCAGUGCAGAGGGACUAUGGUUUUUGGUGUCCCCGAGAGUUAAAAAUUGAUCCUGAUCUUGGUUAUUCUUUUUUGCACGUGCGUGAUUGUUCACCUCCUUGUCCAAAUAUGUAUUUUAGGAGAGAAGAACUCUCAUUUGCUCGCUAUUUUAUAGGAUUGAUUUCCAUCAUUUGCCUUUCUGCCACGUUGUUUACUUUUUUAACGUUUUUGAUUGAUGUCACAAGAUUCCGUUAUCCUGAAAGGCCUAUUAUAUUUUACGCAGUCUGCUAUAUGAUGGUGUCUUUGAUUUUCUUCAUUGGGUUUUUGCUUGAGGACCGAGUAGCCUGCAAUGCAUCCAGCCCUGCACAGUAUAAAGCCUCUACAGUGACACAAGGAUCUCAUAAUAAGGCCUGCACCAUGCUUUUUAUGGUACUCUAUUUUUUCACCAUGGCUGGCAGUGUAUGGUGGGUAAUUCUUACCAUCACAUGGUUCUUAGCAGCUGUGCCAAAGUGGGGGAGUGAAGCUAUUGAGAAGAAAGCAUUGCUGUUUCAUGCCAGUGCGUGGGGCAUCCCCGGAACUCUAACUAUCAUCCUUUUAGCGAUGAAUAAAAUUGAAGGUGACAACAUUAGUGGCGUGUGUUUUGUUGGCCUCUACGAUGUUGACGCACUGAGAUACUUUGUUCUUGCUCCCCUCUGCCUGUAUGUGGUAGUCGGAGUUUCUCUCCUGUUAGCCGGCAUUAUAUCACUGAACAGAGUUCGAAUUGAGAUUCCAUUAGAAAAGGAGAAUCAAGAUAAAUUAGUGAAGUUUAUGAUCCGGAUUGGUGUUUUCAGCAUUCUUUACCUCGUACCACUCUUGGUUGUAAUUGGAUGCUACUUUUAUGAACAAGCUUACCGUGGCAUCUGGGAAACCACGUGGAUCCAAGAGCGCUGCAGGGAGUAUCACAUUCCAUGUCCGUAUCAGGUGACUCAAAUGAGUCGUCCAGACCUGAUUCUUUUUCUCAUGAAAUACCUGAUGGCUCUCAUAGUUGGUAUUCCCUCUGUAUUUUGGGUUGGAAGCAAAAAGACAUGUUUUGAAUGGGCCAGUUUCUUCCAUGGUCGUCGGAAAAAAGAGAUAGUGAAUGAGAGCCGACAGGUCCUCCAGGAACCCGAUUUCGCCCAGUCACUCCUUAGGGAUCCCAAUACUCCUAUUAUAAGAAAAUCAAGAGGAACUUCCACUCAAGGAACAUCUACACAUGCCUCUUCCACUCAGUUGGCUAUGGUGGAUGAUCAGAGAAGCAAAGCAGGAAGCGUCCACAGCAAAGUGAGCAGCUACCACGGCAGCCUGCACAGGUCGCGUGAUGGCAGGUUCACUCCCUGCAGCUACCGAGGAGUGGAGGAGAGACUACCUCACGGCAGCAUGUCCCGGCUCACAGAUCACUCCAGGCACAGCAGUUCCCAUCGGCUCAACGAACAGUCACGACACAGCAGCAUCAGAGACCUCAGUAACAACCCAAUGACUCACAUCACACACGGCACCAGCAUGAAUCGAGUUAUUGAAGAAGAUGGAACUAGCGCUUGAUUGGUCUUGUCCUCAGUGGGAAAGUUGUGCUGUUUAAAAAGCAGGUUUUCUUCUUUGCCUUUGCAUGACUGAUUGCUGAAACUCAGUUGACCGCGCUGCUUUCAGUCAGGUGCAGAUUGUAUCCGUUGGAAAGGUAAAUGUUGCUUUUCUAUUGCAUCAAGCUUCAAACAUCAAAGCCUCCAAAACACAAAGAAUUAUAUAAUCCUCAGUCCUCACAAGUAAUCCUUUCUAAGUGGUGAAGAGAUAAUUAUUUGUCUGGUAAGCAUUUUUAUAAACCCACUUGAUUUUAUAUUUAGAAAAAUCCUCAAUGUGUGGUGACUGCUUUGUAGUGAACUUUCAUAUGAUAUGAACUAGUUGUGAGAUAACAUUCUGGUAGUUCUGUUAAUAACAAAAUUUCAGAAUUAAAGAAAUUUUCUAUGCAAGGUGUUUUUCUCAGAUGAAUUGUAGGACUUUGUAGUUUUAUUUCCAGGAAGUGAAGAAAAAAGCUGUUUUUAAACUGUAGGAAAAUUUGAUAAAUCAGCAAGUGUAUUUUAGCUAAUAGAAUGUAAGUGCAGCAGAAGAAUCUGGUUAGUCUGUGGAAGGUUAUAUCAAAAUUCAGUCAAAAUAAUCUUUAUCCAGAGAUAGGAUUUGGAUUAGUAAUGGAAUAAAAGCAGAGGUGGGCAUUUUCCCCCCUAUAAUUGUGUUGUUUUUGUUUUGUAAAUAUUACUUUUAUUGGCUGUAUUUUUAUAACUUAACCAUAUGCAUGAUAGAAAAAUUUUAAUUUGUACCCAUCUCUUCUCAUGUAAUAGUAUUGAUUCAUAGAGAACCUCAUGUCCUGAUGUGCUUUGUGGAGGCAUCUAAUGAGAUAAACAUACAUUGUAAGGUUUUUUUGUGGUAACCGCAGUUACUUAAUGGCAAAAGCUUUUUUCCGUGUUGUUGUGUUUUUCUGCAGUGAAUUGUGACCUUGCCCAAACCACCAGACUUUGGUAUCCAGGCCCCUCCAUAGUGAGUUGAUUGUCUGCACUUGUGCUGUCCCAGUAGCCAGUAGACCACAGCUUUUGUCCCACAUUUUUAUUUUCAGUUUCUGGAUCAUUCGUGUUCAUAGCUGAAAUAUACGUAUUAACCCAAGUCCAAAGUGAUAAAUAAUUUGAUAUUUGAAAUCUCGUAGCUAAAUGGAGCAUGAUUAGUCUUACUAUGAGUAUUUUUUAAUCUUAAAAAUAUCAAGAAAUAUUUGACAUAUUAUCUUGUAAUGUUUAAGUAAUUUACAAUAUGAACUGAAUGUUGUAAUAUGUAAAAAGUAAUCAAAAGGGAAAACGAAAAUGGAAAAAAUUAUAGAAAAUGCUAGAUGUCUUAUGUAGAAAAGCAUAUUUGAACAAGUGGUUGUCAACCCUGACUAUAGGUAAGAACCAUCUGGAAAACUGCUGAGGUCCAACACUUUCCACCACUCAGUUGAUAAUUCUUAGCUUU